AUGAGGGGAGGCUUGGAGACAGUCUACGAGGCGCAGGGAGCUUCCACACCUCCCCCGGCCCGGCCCAGCUCGGCUCAGCCCAGCCUGGCGGGCGGGUCACAAGCGCAGCCGGCCGGCCGCCUCUCGCGCCCCCUGCGCUUUGCUGCAGUGCCCUUGCCCUGCGCCACCGUCCACUCCCCAAGUCCGACCGGCGCUCCAGAUUACGUGCAGGAGAUCUGGAGCCAGGAGCCCUACUACACUCACCCGGAGCCUGAGCCCGAGCCGGAGCCCUUCUCUCCGCCGCUGCCUCCGAGGGCGGGGGAGGAGAAGCUGGAGCGCCUGCCCGAGCCCAGGCCUCCCAAGAGGGCGAACAAACCCAAGAAAACUCCCAAGAGGGAAAAGUUGGCUUCGGAGUCGCCUCCACCAGGUAAAAAUAGCAACAGAAAAGGCAUGAGAACCAAGAGCUCUGAGAAGGCUGCCAAUGAUGAUCACCACGGGGCCCAUGAAGAUGUCAGAGAGAGUUGCCCGCCUCUUGGUCUGGAAACUUUAAAAAUCACAGACUUCCAGCUGCAUGCCUCCACGACGAAGCGCUAUGGUCUCGGAGCACAUCGUGGGAGACUCAACAUCCAGGCAGGUAUUAAUGAAAAUGAUUUUUAUGAUGGAGCAUGGUGUGCAGGAAGGAAUGACCUACAUCAGUGGAUUGAAGUGGAUGCCAGGCGCCUGACCAGAUUCACCGGUGUCAUCACUCAAGGGAGAAACUCACUCUGGCUGAGUGACUGGGUGACAUCCUAUAAGGUCAUGGUGAGCAAUGACAGCCACACCUGGGUGACUGUUAAGAAUGGAUCUGGAGAUAUGAUAUUUGAAGGAAACAGUGAAAAGGAGAUCCCUGUUCUCAAUGAGUUGCCCGUCCCCAUGGUGGCCCGCUACAUUCGCAUAAACCCACAGUCCUGGUUUGAUAACGGGAGCAUCUGUAUGAGGAUGGAGAUCCUUGGCUGCCCCUUGCCAGAUCCUAAUAACUAUUAUCACCGCCGGAACGAAAUGACCACCACUGAUGACCUGGACUUUAAACACCAUAGUUACAAGGAAAUGCGCCAGCUGAUGAAGGUUGUGAAUGAAAUGUGCCCUAAUAUCACCAGAAUUUACAACAUUGGCAAAAGCCACCAGGGCCUGAAGCUGUAUGCUGUGGAGAUCUCUGACCACCCUGGAGAGCAUGAAGUUGGUGAACCCGAGUUCCACUACAUCGCAGGGGCCCACGGCAACGAGGUGCUGGGCCGGGAGCUGCUUCUGUUGCUGAUGCAGUUUCUGUGCCAGGAGUACUUGGCCCGGAAUACACGCAUUGUCCGGCUGGUGGAGGAGACCCGCAUUCACCUCCUGCCCUCCCUCAACCCGGAUGGCUAUGAGAAGGCCUAUGAAGGGGGCUCGGAGCUAGGAGGCUGGUCCCUGGGACGCUGGACCCAUGAUGGGAUUGACAUCAACAACAACUUUCCUGACUUAAACACAUUGCUCUGGGAGGCAGAGGAUCGGCAGAACAUCCCAAGGAAAGUUCCCAAUCACUAUAUUGCAAUACCAGAAUGGUUUCUGUCUGAAAAUGCCACGGUGGCCAUGGAGACCAGAGCAGUCAUAGCCUGGAUGGAAAAAAUUCCUUUUGUGCUGGGUGGCAACUUGCAGGGGGGUGAGCUGGUGGUUGCAUACCCCUAUGACAUGGUACGGUCCCUGUGGAAGACCCAGGAGCACACCCCCACACCAGACGACCACGUGUUCCGCUGGCUGGCCUACUCCUAUGCUUCCACUCACCGCCUCAUGACAGAUGCCAGGAGGAGAGUGUGCCAUACAGAAGACUUCCAGAAAGAAGAGGGGACGGUCAAUGGAGCUUCCUGGCAUACUGUUGCUGGCAGUCUGAAUGAUUUCAGCUACCUUCACACAAACUGCUUCGAGCUGUCCAUCUACGUGGGCUGUGAUAAAUAUCCACAUGAGAGUGAGCUACCAGAGGAGUGGGAGAAUAACCGGGAAUCUCUGAUCGUGUUCAUGGAACAGGUUCAUCGAGGCAUCAAAGGCAUGGUGAGAGAUUUACACGGCAAAGGAAUCCCAAACGCCAUUAUCUCUGUAGAAGGUGUUAACCAUGACAUCCAGACAGCCAGUGAUGGGGAUUACUGGCGCCUCCUCAACCCUGGAGAGUAUGUGGUCACAGCAAAGGCGGAAGGCUUCACUGCAUCCACCAAGAACUGUAUGGUUGGGUAUGACAUGGGGGCCACAAGGUGUGAUUUCACUCUCAGCAAAACCAACCUGGCCAGGAUUAGAGAGAUCAUGGAGAAGUUUGGGAAGCAACCUGUCACCUUGCCAGCCAGGCGACUGAAGUUGCGGGGACGGAAGAGACGACAGCGUGGAUGAACCCAGACACUUGAGAUAUGUCUCGGACCCGUGCAAAUUAAACCAACCCUGGUAGUAGCUCAGUAGCUGGCUCGCUCACUGUUGUUUUCUCUGUAAUUCAAGAAGUGCCUGGGAGAAUAUGUGCAUUGCCAGGCUGGUCUAAAAAGUCAGGACUGGAAGCUUAGGAUAUAUAUUUUUUUCUUCCCAUUUAUCCAAAUAACUUGGACAAAGUGGCAGAGAAAGGCUGGUGGGAGAGAGAAUUCGGCAAGUCAACCUGGGAAUCUGAGAGAGGGGAGGUCACCCAUUUAAGGCCUCCUGGCUACACAAAAAGGGAAACAGUGCUUCUUCAGUUUGCGUGACAGAGUGAGAGUUCCACGUGCAUUUGCAAUUUGCACAGCUAAAAUUGCAGCAUUCCCUGAGCCCUGCUGUCCCAAAUAUUACCAUUGGAGAUGCUCACAGGCACCCUAAGCAAAUUCAAGUGGCCCCAGGGCACUUCAAGCUGCUACAAAUAAAUUCUACAUUCUGCUGACAAUAAAAACAUUACCAGAAUGAACCUCAGUAAGUCUCUUGAAUCAGUUUAGCUUCCCAUUUCAACAAAGGAUUGUGUUCAUAAAGGGGAGAGGAGCAGAGAUGAUUCAAGAGUGGUUUGGGGGCAGACAGGCAUCACAGGGGCUCGUUGCAUGCAUGUUCAAGCUACAGAGGACUCCCAACUCCCUGCUGGUCUGGUAGUCCCGAGGGUUCCCUGGUGGGGAAGCCCGAGCUUCCAGCCUUCCUAAAUACCACAUUAAGUGCAAAGAUCUCCUCUUGGGCCUGCUAUUUGAAAAGAGCCAGAAGGAGGCUAAUGUGUAAUGCUGUCUCUGCUCAAGGUAUUGCCCCUUUCAUGGAAAUAGACUCCUUAAUUGGCCCAGCAUCAGUAUGGGAGUUAUAUUUAAAGCUGGACCUUCCAAAUUAGGCCAAAUUUAAUGACAAACUCUUGGGAUGAUCUGAAGAACAUCAACUGGGGCUUAUUGAAUUGCCAUGCAAGAAAACAAUUGUGUCUCAUCUUUUUUAUUAAUGUUGCUGCCUCAUUGACCUGAGAAGAAUGAAAAAAUAAAGAAAG